AUGCGCCUCUUGGUGCUCUCAGUGAUUUCUGGUGUGACAGCAUUGACAACGCUGUUCACUAUUAUCACCGCUAUCUAUAUGGUUCUGGACAUAAACCAUUUCUAUGACCAUAUCAUUCAUGACCUCAGUGACUUCAAGACAAUGGCGGAUGCGGCAUGGAACGAAAUGGGUCCAGUUUUACAAGAUCGACGAAAACGAGAAAAUGAGAUCGUAAGCCAUUGCGAGUGCUCUUUAUUCUCGGAGCGAUGCCCUACGGGACCACCUGGAGAAGAGGGGCCACCAGGUUCUCCAGGACACGACGGUAUCGACGGAAUACCAGGCCCAAGAGGAGUUGAUGGGAUAGUCUUGGAGAGAAAAAUGCCGGCUGCUUGCAUCAUCUGUCCAAUAGGACCUCCUGGACCACGAGGACCAGACGGACCCAUAGGGAUGAAGGGACUGGACGGUCGUCCAGGACCUCCAGGGAGGUCACAUAAGUGCACUAAAGCUCUUCAAGGAUCAGUCGGUCCACCUGGAGAUCGAGGGCCGCCCGGAAAACCAGGUCCACCGGGCGCCCCUGGUCUACCUGGGAGGGCCAUAAUGGUUCCUCGUGGGGUUCCCGGCGCUCCAGGCCUCCCUGGACCACCUGGCCAGCCAGGCAGGGCAGGCGAGCCAGGAGUUCCUGGACAGGUGGGAAGAAUGGGCGACGUGGGAGAACCGGGACGUCCGGGUGUCCCUGGACUGGAUGGACCUCCUGGGCCACCAGGUGUCAACGGUUCACUUGAGAAAGAUACAGGUUACUGCCCUUGUCCACCUUCUUCAAAGAACUCCAAAAGAAAGCACUUUUUCCGCCAUGUUUCACUGUCCAGAAAGUUCCGACGAGCACGAAAAGAAAGCCUUAAGAAGAAGUCGUCUAUUGUAAAAGUGUGA